AUGGAUUCCCGCUUCGCACCCCCACGAGACGAGCUCUAUACCCUACAGAUGGACCUCAAGCAGGUCCAGCUAGUGCAGAAUAGUCAGGCCGAGAGGCUCGCCAGGCUGGAACGACGUCAGGAGCAGGAUGCCAACCUAAAAUCUGUGUGGCAGCAACACCCCUUUCCCGGGGUGCUGGCCGGCACGCCUCAGCAAGGCCCAACUCACGUAAGCGCCCACGACCUCUACGACAUGGACGAGCCGGACAAUCUGCUGAACUCGCUCCAUCUGGGGCCUGCAGAAGAAGAACCCGCACGCCGCGGCGCGGCCUCGCGAGCGAACAGCGUUCGCUUUGACGAGAGCGCCCUUCGCCAGUCGGACUGGGCCAGCCACAGCGCCCGACACUCGGGCGAGUUUGGACCACCCAGACCCAGCAGCGGCAUGCUGAUGGAGCGAUCACUCUCGCACAAGUCGGAUGGAAGGCACAGCUCUGCCGGGCACUCGGUGCACUCGGUGCACUCACUGGCCUCGGGACGAGCCAGCAGCCUGGGCAUGCACACGGACAACUUUCUGGUCAGCAGUCACGAGGACGACUCGCCCAUUGAUGCUGUGGAACCUCCACCCGAGUUCUUCAUCCUGGGCUCUGUGCCGUCCAUCAUCCGAUGCUGGCUGUCGACAAACUUUGCGCACGCCACCAUGCGGUACGCAGACCUGUGCACGGGAUCGCAAAAGUCCGUCAUUGACUACUCGCUGAUCAGAGAGCUGGAGCUCGAGGACGAGCUCGAGCGUGACGUCGACGGCGUCUACAAGAUUCGGAUGAACGUCUACCUCGUGGAGGCCACGCCCGAGAGGACGCGGCGCUCCGUGAGCCCCGGCCAGAUCCCCAGCAUCACGGCCGUUUUUGAGGUGACGGGCAUGGACCAGGGCGACGGGUCAGAGGCGAGAAAGGGCAUCCAGAUCUUCAUCGGCAGCGACACGUUGCGUGCGCACAUGGCCGACAUUUUGUUCUCGCAAAAUCGCAUGUCGCUCGUCGGUAACGGCCGCGAGAAGCUGUCGGUGCCGUUUGUGCGGCCGGAAGACGAUGGCUGUUUCAAGCGCAUCUACACGACCAAUGUGCUGCCCGAAAGGCCUCGCCUCAACGCCAACGCCAGGCCGUUUGUCUCGUUUGAGCCGCGGGCCCAGGUGGCGCCUCCGCGGGAGUACGAGGACGAGCUCGAGUCUUGCGACCGAGACGGCGAUGAGGUCUCGCGCGGUCUGCCGUCGCCCAUGAUGGACGACCUCGAGACGGCCAAGUCGGUCGGCACCAGCACGGGCGCCCUGUCUGAGAGCGGCGGGGAUGGCGAGUUGCAGGCCAAGGAGCUGUCGGGGUCGGUGUCGGUGACGGGAAGCACGGAUGGCGGGCGGCGGGGAUCGUCGGGCGGCAUCUGGGGCUCGUGGCGGCACGGGCCGGCGACAGGCGGCGGCGGCGGCGGCGGCGGCGGCGGCGCGGACAACGGCCAGCGCGACGGGGGCCCGCUGAGCGGGUACCAGCCGGCGGGCCGAGGGACACGCAACAUGAAGGUGCUCAAGCCCCUGAAAUCGGGUGGCUCUUCAUCGUCUGCGCGCACCGGUGCGGCGUACGAACCGGCGCCGCCUCGGCGCACGAGCGGUGAGCAGCGGCGCAAGGGCGGUCAGCCGACGAACAGCGGCGCCAGCGACAGCGGAUCGAGCAACGGGCUGCGGUGGGAGCCGAGGCGGGCGGCCAGCACGAGCGGCGUCGUCCAGACGCAGCCGCGGGAGGCGCGCAGCACGACGGUCACGAGCACGACGAGCGUGGCCUCCCAGCCGCACGUACACGUACACGCACCCGCGCAGGCGCAUGCGCACUCGAGCUCGACGCCGCUGGCCACGCCGAUGCCGCGGUCGGCGAACCCCAUUGGCGGGGCGUCGGCAUUUUCGUGGAUGAACCCGGCGGGCAAGGCCAAGCCGACGGCCACGGCAGAGUGA